GGAACGCCCAAAGAUCGCACCGUGGACGAAAAUGCGACGUAUACCAAAGUGAAAGAAUCACGGAAUGUUGCAUGAGCACGCCACCCAAAUUCACUUGUCAGACAAUCCGCAAAGCCAAGCGAAAUGGUUCAGCAGACGAAUUCCGCAGACGCAAUCAAGAUGGCUUGCCAUCUCGCUUCCCCUCUUGCGAAAACGAGUAUUCAAGCGGCAAUCCGCGGUGAAGUGUCCCGGGAUGAUGUGCCAGACACACGAACACGAUACCAGCUUUCGAUAUACCGAGGAAGAGUAGCACCUUUGAACAUCAAGCCGGUUGCAAGUAUCGUGGAAGUAAUCAACAGACGACGCACAAACGUAUUUGAAAAUUACAACGCGCUGCGGGAAAUCUGGCAUCGACACGGUUGGACAAUUUGCAAACGCUGGGAGAAGAAGUCAAUCAAGCAGCGGCAAAACGUUCUCAAGCAGGCUCAGGCUGGCAGCAUUGGCAGCAAACAUCGACCGGACCUCACGAUUUUCUGCAUGCUUGCAACUCGUGGAAUUUGGCAGGAUCAUCGAGAUCAGCGAGAUGUCGUUCUCCUGCCUUUCAUCAAUAUUGAGGAUCUGCAGAAUCCCAGGAAUCUCAUGGUCUUUAUGCAUGCACGAGCGACCAAUGAACCUAUUGCUUUCGCGCAUAUGGAAGAAUUUCUGUCACUGUGCGAUUCGAGGUUGACGCUGGAAAUCACUGAUCUGGCUCGACCGUGCUACCCAAUGCUGUUCAAAAAGGCAGGAAGUGAUCAAGAGUACGGGAGAUUGAUUGACAUGAGGGACUUCGCGGAUAUGACCCCGGGAUGGCUCAAAAGCAACGAAGUUCAUCCUGUUGGCGUUGGUCUGGAGAUCCUGGAGAGACAAGACAAAAUCUGGACCUUCCUGACAGCUUGUGCACAAGGUAUUAUGCAUGAUCUGCCAGGUGUUCGUAUCCUAGAAGCCCCGCAGUGUAGUCCUAUCCCAUCACCGCCAGUCGACUUUCGCUUCGCUUCAUGGUCAGAUGCAGCAGAGCUGUUACCCUACAGCGCACCAGUCAGCAUCAACCUUGAACGAAUGACAAGACUUCUGUAUGCCAAAUGUAAUAUUGAGAUUGAACAUUACUGGUCUCUCCGAGAGGAUCCAAGUUACUUUGUCGAGACGGCUCUAUGGCACUCAGAAACACCGCUCGACAAGAAAUCGUGGCCACUCUAUGUCUCGAACGCAAUGUGGGCUGCGUUUCACGAUCAUCGUGUCUGGAUCUGUCUAUUCUCGAUAUCUAGAGACUUACUGGCUGACUACGGAAGUGAGCCCACCGUAUAUGAUUUUCAAGACAGAGACAGUUGUCGACCACUCAUGGCGAUCUUCGUCUUACUCCAAGGCCAUCUCAAGUCCCGGAUCCAGAACUUGUGGCUAUCUUUCUCUUCUUCGCCACGAGCGAUGGAAUUCCUGAGUAAAGACAUCAACAAUUUCCAUGCAGUCCGUUACAAUUCGUACGAUGCCGAACUGAAAAUCAUGACUUUGCUGUGUGCCAUCAAUGGCGCGCUGUCUGUUAGUCUUAGCAGCGACAAGAGCGUCAUUCGCUUGACGAUGAUCAUAGCAGAAGCACAACGCCUUCAAGAGACUGAUCAUCGAGCCUCAUCUGCAAUCUCCUCGGCUAUGGCAGCUGAUCUUGCAGAGCUAGCUACUAUUGCUGGUCCUCUGCGCCAGAUCAUAUUGUUCCUUUCCAACUAUGCCACCACCACCAACGACGACGUGCCCGCAAUUGUGGACCUAGACAUGCAUUUAUUCUAUCAGAUUAGACACGGCUUAGUAUUGGAGGGGACAAUCCGCGGACCCAAUAUCAAGAGCGUGAAGUACACAAAGAAUUGCGGUCAAGAUCCAAGCUGGUUUGCUUGCCCUAGGGAUAAGCCUAGAACCCGAGAGACAGUCGAGCGGAUGCGACAGGCCGAGAGCAGAUUGGAUGUCUUGUGGUCGCAUUUCGACACAUGGACCGAACGAGAAGGUCUGGUGUCUUUCGUGGACCGUCUUAUCGGACUGCCGCCGAGAGUUCUGCACAGAACUGCGCCCUGGAACGAAUCCGAGAUCAUGGAACUUGUUCCAAAGAAAGCGUCCCCACAGACAGUACAGGAUCUCGCCGAUUUGUAUCGCGAUCUUGAGGUCAACACUGAGCGUACGGUGAACACACCGAUGCCAACUCAAGCGAAGAUCAAACUGAAAACCCGGGGUGCGGGUGAUCGUUCGUCAGAAAAUGAAUGCAUUGGCGAUCGCUCCUCGGGCGAAACUAAAUCCUGCAAGGCGGUCAGCGCCGAUCUUGCUUCCUCCCCAGUCCUCAAGGUCAACAGUCGCGCCCUCGAAGCCUUCAAGAUCCUCUUCUUCACGCCCUCGCCAAAUGCCAUACCAGGCGAACUCUCCUGGAAUGACUUCAUGUACGCCAUGGUCUCCGCUAGCUUCAGUGCGGAAAAGUUGUACGGUUCAGCAUGGAAGUUCGAUUCUGUAGUCAUAGGGGACGCCGCCAAUAUGGCCGACGAUAAGUUCAGUAAUCGUAGCAUCAUAUUUCAUGAGCCGCAUCCGAGCAAUAAGAUCCCAUACUGGAUCGCACGUCGGCACGGCCGUCGCCUCACACGUGCGUAUGGCUGGACCGCUGAGACAUUCGUGCUCGCCGAGAAGACCGUACCUGCGAAUGAAAGCGUGUGAAAAGGACGCUUUCGAUGAAAUCCAGCUUUUACUCAACGGCGUCUCGAGACCCGAUCAUGGCUUGAAUACAUCUCCUGUUGGUGCGCCUUCGAUUUGCUUGGAUCUGAAGUCGUUCUUCGCUUGGCUUUGAUCUAUUUGGUUUUCCUUGAUUUUGCUAGAUCGAUUUGCUUGGUUGCUUUACUUUGCUUGCUUGAUUGGUUCGGUUGUUCGAUAUGGUGCCGGAAAUUUUCUUGGGUUUGAAUUCGAGAAGGGAACAUUCAGACUUGCGAUGUUGUAUUGGAAAGAAGUCCCGGAUGGAUCUCCCGAAUACCCUAUUGCAAAGACCAUCCGACUCCUGCGACUAAUCGGUCUUGAAACUGUUCGUUACAUUUUUCCAGGUUCCGACUAAUUGGG